AUGGCGACUGGAGCUGGUGAGUGUCCCAGCAAGGCCGCUCAGUACCGGGUGGACCACCUCCUCAGUGCGGUGGAGAGUGAGCCGCAGGCCGGCAGCGAAGGAGACCCCACCGAGAGGGACCUGAAAGUGUCACUGGAUGAACGGGAGCUGUGGCAAAAAUUUAAGGACCUCACAAACGAGAUGAUAGUUACAAAGAACGGCAGGCGCAUGUUCCCGGUUCUGAAAGUCAACGUCUCUGGACUGGACCCAAACGCCAUGUAUUCCUUCUUGCUGGACUUUGUGUCGGCGGACAACCACAGGUGGAAGUACGUGAACGGGGAGUGGGUGCCGGGAGGUAAACCCGAGCCCCAGACCCCCAGCUGCGUGUACAUCCACCCAGACUCUCCAAACUUCGGGGCUCACUGGAUGAAGGCUCCGGUCUCCUUCAGCAAAGUCAAACUCACCAACAAGCUCAACGGCGGAGGUCAGAUUAUGUUAAAUUCUUUGCACAAAUACGAGCCACGUAUCCACAUCGUUAGGGUUGGAGGCCCACGUAGGAUGAUCACCAGCCACUCCUUCCCAGAGACGCAGUUCAUCGCAGUAACAGCAUAUCAAAAUGAAGAGAUAACAGCUCUAAAAAUAAAGUACAACCCUUUUGCCAAGGCCUUUCUAGAUGCAAAGGAAAGGAAUGAUCACAAAGACAUGAGGGAAGAAGCUAAUGAGAAUCCCCAGUCUGGUUACUCCCAGUUGGGUAGCUGGUUUAUUCACGGCACGGGAACCCUCUGCCCCCCCACCAGUCCACACAGCCAGUAUGGGACUCCCAUCGCCCUGUCACCCUCCCAUGGCUGUGAGCGUUACUCCAGCUUGAGGAGCCACCGCUCUGCGCCCUAUAGCAGCCCGUACGCCCAUCGGUCCAACUCCCCCACCGGAUAUUCAGAUAACUCAUCAUCCUGCUUGUCGAUGCUCCCCAGCCACGAUAACUGGUCCAGUCUGCAGAUGCCGACCCACUCCAGCAUGAUGCCCAUGACCCACAACUCCACCUGUGCAGCCAACUCAAGUCAGUACACCAGCCUGUGGUCUGUGAGUAACUCCCCGCUGACUCCAGUGUCCCAGAACGGGGGGUUAAGCAGCUGCCUCGGCUCCCAGUUUCUCCGAGGAUCGUCCAGUCACUAUCCCAGUUUGCCUCACUCCGCCACAGCGCCUCCCUCUGUCUCUCCCAUGUAUGACAGCAGCUCUGCCACAGAGGUGCAGGACGCUGUCCAGUAUGAAGCUUCACCCCACGGCCGGCUGCCCUCAGCUUGGACCCCAGUCACGCCUCCAUCCCUUUGAUUAGAGGGUCACUGAGGAUUGAUUGAGACCUUCUCUUGAGUAACCUCUUGUUACUUUAAGAAGGAAUAAACUUUUUUAAACAAAUUGUGUGGAGUAUUUCACGGUGUUAUAAGAAGAAUAAGCAGAGGCUUGAAUCAGCCUCUGAACAAAUCUCAGUUUAUUACUAAAGAAUAACAUGUUUUUUUUUUUUAA